GAAGUUGACUUUUACACUAGAGAGUGUUGGAUCAAUAUCAUGCACAUUGGAGGAGGAUUUUACCUGUUUUAGUCUUCAUUUUCAUCCUGUUGAUAGGUUAAAGCCAACUCUUGUUGGCCUUUCUAUUCUUCAUCAGACUAUUUCUAGUUAUGGGUGGUGCUGGUUUGCUGCUGUAGUGGUCUUGGUUGGCAGGAAUGGUGAUUUCACUCGAACAGGCUGUUUGCUGUUGUUGCUGCCUCCAUAUAAGCUCUUCCUUUUGGUUCUUACUAAUGUUUCUUGGCUGUUGUUUCUAUGCUGCUUAUCAGCUGCUGCUCCCUCAGCUGAUCUCUGUCUGCUGCUAAUGGUUUUGCGGUUGUCAGUUGGUACUGCUGGAUGUGUUGUGGAUCCUUUUAGCUGGCUUCUGUUGGAUGCUUUCUUCCUUGGUUCUGCUGGUUUUGUUGACCUUUCAGCUGGUUCUAAUUUUUUCCAACUGUAUUUUCAGCUGAAUUUUAGACAACUCUUUUCUCUAGAUGGCUGCUGGGCCCUCUCUACUCUAUGGAGAAUUUUCUCUAUUUUUUAG